AUGGCGGAUGGUAAUGCUCAGCAGGAACUAGAGGAUCGGUUGGUGGAGCUACUGGACCUCGAGGCGGAGGUGAAAGAUGCCCAUGACGAACUCCGACGACUGCGAAGGAAACGCCGAAGAAAUUGGACGGAUGAUGAAGUUGAAUCAUCACUGACCUUACCAGCGUCCAUUGUUGAACUGGAGAAGUCUAUUGCUGAUGUGACAGAAGAGUUGGGAAGUCCGGAAUUCCGCCGGCUUCGUGCAUCAACUGGUAAAAAAGCGGAGGCUCUAAUACGUGUGCGCCUUGCGAAGAUGAAGCUAUAUGAAGCCAAAGUGGGUAUUGUAGAGGCUCAAAAGAAGUGGGAUAAUUAG